AUGGAAGAUCAGAACCAGGAAAACAGCUGUCCUGGGAGGAAGGUGCAUGGGGCCCGCUGGGGAGGAAAUGACAGGCCUUUCGCAGCCAUCGACCCCAGCGCGGGCGCGCAGGACGCCGCUGCCGGACCCCCGUUACCUGGGGCCAAACGCGCCUGGUCGCCACCUUGCGUCCUGGGCCCGGCCUCCCUCCCCGCAGCCUCCCGGCCCCGCAGCUGUCGCAGCGGCGCCCCCAGCCCCGGCCGGGCCCGGACUGCGCGGGAUGCCUCGGCGGGGCCGGCGGCGGCGGCGGCCACGCUGCGCGCUCCGGCGGAGGGGAGGGGGCUCGGCGGCGGCGGCGGCGGCGGCGGGCCCGGCGGGGGGCAGAGCCAAGAGGGCGGCGGCGGCGGCGGCGGCGAGGCGGCCGCGCUGGGCCUCAAGCUGGCCACGCUCAGCCUGCUGCUGUGCGUGAGCCUGGCGGGCAACGUGCUGUUCGCGCUGCUCAUCGUGCGGGAGCGCAGCCUGCACCGCGCCCCGUACUACCUGCUGCUCGACCUGUGCCUGGCCGACGGGCUGCGCGCGCUCGCCUGCCUCCCGGCCGUCAUGCUGGCGGCGCGGCGGGCGGCGGCCGCGGCGGGGAGCCCGCCGCCCGGCGCGCUGGGCUGCAAGCUGCUCGCCUUCCUGGCCGCGCUCUUCUGCUUCCACGCCGCCUUCCUGCUGCUCGGCGUGGGGGUCACCCGCUACCUGGCCAUCGCGCACCACCGCUUCUACGCCGAGCGCCUGGCCGGCUGGCCGUGCGCCGCCAUGCUGGUGUGCGCCGCCUGGGCGCUGGCGCUGGCCGCGGCCUUCCCGCCCGUGCUGGACGGUGGCGGCGGCGGCGGCGGCGGCGACGACGAGGACGCGCCGUGCGCCCUGGAGCAGCGCCCCGACGGCGCCCCCGGCGCGCUGGGCUUCCUGCUGCUGUUGGCCGUGGUGGUGGGCGCCACGCACCUCGUCUACCUCCGCCUGCUCUUCUUCAUCCACGACCGCCGCAAGAUGCGGCCCGCGCGCCUCGUGCCCGCCGUCAGCCACGACUGGACCUUCCACGGGCCCGGCGCCACCGGCCAGGCGGCCGCCAACUGGACGGCGGGCUUCGGCCGCGGGCCCACGCCGCCCGCGCUCGUGGGCAUCCGGCCCGCGGGGCCCGGCCGCGGCGCGCGCCGCCUCCUCGUGCUGGAGGAGUUCAAGACCGAGAAGCGGCUGUGCAAGAUGUUCUACGCCGUCACGCUGCUCUUCCUGCUCCUCUGGGGGCCCUACGUCGUGGCCAGUUACCUGCGGGUCCUGGUGCGGCCCGGCGCCGUCCCCCAGGCUUACCUGACGGCCUCCGUGUGGCUGACGUUCGCGCAGGCUGGCAUCAACCCCGUCGUGUGCUUCCUCUUCAACCGCGAGCUGAGGGACUGCUUCAGGGCCCAGUUCCCCUGCUGCCAGAGCCCCCAGCCCACGCAGGCCGCCCUCCCCUGCGACCUGAAAGGCAUCGGGUUGUGAGGGAUUCUCCCCCCCCUCCCCACACCCCUUGGCCACCCGCCACCGCCACCCCCACCCCCCAUCCAAGCCUUUCCUUGUGGCUUGGAUAGUGACCUUCCUUCUCUCCAUUCUGCCCUCCUUUUGGUUUUCUAAGCUGCCUUCAAACUGACUCUGAAAGUGGACACACACUUGGAUUGUACAGACUCCAGAUUUGCCGGGGGGGGGGGCGGGGAGGGAGUGGGGUGGGAGGGAGGGAGGGAUGGUGGGUCCCUUGUUCCAGCUCCAUCCACUUGUCACCCUAAUUCUACUUUUCUUCCUGACAGUAGGCCCUGCAGGCUUUUUGUACUGGAACUGAACUUCUUUUCUUCCAUGUGUAAUUUCUCUCUCACUCUUUUUUUUUUUUAAAUAAGAGCUGAACUAAUUUUCUUCAUGCAAAGUUUCCUAAAGACCAUGGCCAGUUUUCUACAGAAGCUAUUUUUGACAACCUCAAGUGGCAUUAUAUUUGCAUGGCAGUGGGGUGAACAAAGCUAGAGGACUUGGCAGGUUCAGUUGCUUGAGGGUCUUCUGUUGGAGGCAGGAGGACGGGCAAGGCGUCUUUAGUUGCUCUGCAUCUCAGGCCAAAAGGGCCAGUUCUUUGCAAAGGUUGAGAACUUUUUCAGUGUUGACAUUGAACUUAAAGAGCAGAUGGAUAUGGGAGUCGAUAGAAGGCAGUCACAUCUUAAAAGUUUAUACUACUGCAAACCACACAUCUGCAGAAGGCUGCUCUCUGUAUUGUGUCAACGUUGGAUGGAAACAUUUGUGUAAAAUUGUAACUUUUAAAAGAGUAAAAAGUGUUUUGGUUAGUGAUGGUGUGGAGAAACUACAGUAUUGCAUGUGUUCGUAUGUACUGAUCUGGUUCAGGACUGGGAGGGGUUUGGAAAGCAGAAGAACAACAUCCACAUUGUUUAGAUGUUUUUUGCCAAUGAAAAGCUAAAAGUACGUUUAUGGAAACUGCUUGUGCUUUGAGAAGCCCGGUUUUCUUCUGUCUUACAAAACUAAUUUCCACUUUGAAGAUUGUUCUGUUGUUCAUGGUAUAAAAGAAUGGAAUAUAAUGACACCCCUCCUAGGAGACAAACUAUUUCCUUAACACAGUGUUUGCUAGGUUAGGCUGUGCUCUUGUUCUACUGAUGGUUGUUUAAAACUACUAAUAAGGAUUAUAAUUUUAAAUAACAUUUCUUGAUUAGACAUUGUAAUUUGAAACAAAGACUACAUUCGGCAAGUACUGUAUGAUAAUUUUUGCUUAAAAUGCUACAUUUUUAUUGAUGUACCUUCCGUUUUGAGGAUUUAUAACUGUAUUUCUCUUGGCAUUACACAAAUAUACCAGUAUUUUCA